GUAGGGUGCAAAGUUGUUCUAACAGUUUCCGUUACAGGGGUACCAACUGGCCGCUCCUCCCUAACAGACGGUUUUGUUGAGUUAGCUUCUUUUUUUUCUUCUUCUUCUUUUUUGGCCCCACUUCCUACGAGAGAAACUACUUGAAUGAGGAAGAAAGGAGUCCUGGGGGGUGUUCUCUGAGUUUCCUUCACCAUCCUCAUUAGCCACCUGAGGUGGGACUGGGGCUUGAAGUAGGACAGAAGGUCCCUGGUAGUUGCAAGAGUGGAAAGUCGGGGAUCCCCCACUUUCUUCACACUCACGACGUAGGGUGCUGCUGCUGGCCACAGGAACCCCAAGGAAGCUUUUUUUCCUAUUCUCGGAACAUCUAUUGUGUGUUCCGAGACGCUGUGCUCAGCUGCUUGCCUGACAGCAGGGAAAGUGCAGCUCUGGCUUCUGUGAAGAAAGAGGCCGCGGGGCAGUCCCCAAUUCCGAGAGCUUUGUCACACAUUGGGAACUCAGUGGAUGUUUGCAGGAUGGAAUAGGGGCAAGAACAUCGACUCUGAGACAGCAGGCCCGGGGGACUAAAAGAAGGCGGGAGAGGCGACUCGAGUAGCGUGUAGUGCGGGGGCGGGGGGUAGUCUCCAAGUGUCACCACUGAGGAAAGGUGCCAAGGCAAAGGGGCGCGGAAUGGUGGGGCUCUGCAGUCCCCGCCCCACUUGCCCGGAGUCAUCAUGGCCGCCGCGGAGGCGGGGGGUGCUUCGAGUGCCGUGAGUGUAAGCUACAAGUUUCCUGUGGUCGCUGGGGCUAGAGCUUGACUCUGGAGAGAGGAAGAAUGGCAGCCUGGUGAAGAGGCAGAGAAGCUUGCCUUUGAACUGAAUUUUGAUGAGCAAAACCGUGUGGCUUUGGAGGCCCCUCCUUCCAGGCUUCCUGGUGAUGAAAAGCCUGAGGCAGUUCAGUCCUGGCAGCAACACCCCUGAAUUCCUGUGGUGAGAGGAUGUGGCUCCUGGACCCAUCCCGAAAAGAGGUGCUGAGGUUUGCUGUCAGUUGCCGUGUCCUGACUCUGGUGCUGCAGGGACUCUUCAAUGCCAUCAUCCCAGAUCACCACGCAGAAGCCUUCUCUCCUCCUCGCCUUGCUCCCUCAGGCUCUGUGGACCAACUUGUGGAAGGUCUCCUGGGUGGCCUGUCUCACUGGGAUGCUGAACACUUUCUGUUCAUUGCUGAGCAUGGCUACCUGUAUGAGCACAACUUUGCCUUUUUCCCUGGUUUCCCCCUGGUCCUGUUGGCGGGGAGUGAACUGCUGAGACCCCUGCGGGGGUUACUGAGCCUACGGAGUUGCCUGUUAAUCUCAGUAGCAUUGCUCAAUUCCUUGUUCUCUAUCCUGGCUGCAGUUGCACUUCAUGACCUGGGCUGUCUGGUUUUGCACUGUCCCCGCCAGGCCUUUUACGGAGCACUGCUUUUCUGCCUCAGCCCUGCCAAUAUCUUCCUGGCUGCCGGUUACUCAGAAGCUUUGUUUGCCCUCCUAACAUUCACUGCCAUGGGGCAGCUGGAAAGGGGCCAAAGCUGGACUAGUGGACUCCUCUUUGCCCUUGCCACUGGUGUACGCUCCAAUGGGCUGGUCAGUGUUGGCUUCCUCAUUCAUUCUCAGUGCCGAGGCUUUUUCUCUUCUCUCAUGGUACUGAAUCCUCUGAGACAGCUCUUAAAGCUAAUGUGCUCUAUGUUCCUGUCCAUGUUCAUACUUGGCCUUCCCUUUGCCCUCUUUCAGUAUUAUGCCUACACCCAAUUCUGUCAGCCAAGCUCAGUCCAUUCCAUCCCUAAGCCCUUGCUGCAGUUAGCUUUGGACAAGGGCUACCGAAUUGCAGAGGGAAACAAGCCACCUUGGUGCUCCUGGGAACUUCCCCUAAUAUACAGCUAUAUCCAGGAUGUCUACUGGAAUAUUGGCUUUUUGAGAUACUACGAACUUAAGCAGGUGCCGAAUUUUUUGCUGGCUGCACCAGUGGCUAUACUCGUUGCCUGGGCAACUUGGACAUAUGUGACCACCCACCCUUGGUUCUGCCUUACACUUGGGAUGCGGAGGAACAAGAACAAUGAGACCCUAGAAAAGCCUGAUUCUGGAUUCCUCAGUCCUCAGGUGUUUGUGUACCUAGUUCACGCUGUAGCGCUGCUACUCUUUGGCUGUUUGUGCAUGCAUGUUCAGACAGAGGGGAAGCGGGGGAGAGAAACAUCAACGUUUGGUUGCCUUUUGCACGCCCCACACUGGGGAUCCUUGCCCGCAACCCAGGUUCUCACCAGGUUUUUGGGCUCGUCCACACCUAUUGUGUACUGGUUUCCAGCUCACUUGCUUCAGGAUCAAGAGCCACUGCUGAGAUCCCUAGAGACGGUGCCCUGGAAGCCUCUUGCAGGGGACUCCCCACCAGGACAAAAGGUCUCCAGAAAUUCUAUCAUGGGACUUUUGUACAACUGGAAAACCUGUUCUCUAGUCACACGAUGCAUUCUAGGCUACUUCCUGACUUACUGGCUCCUGGGACUGCUCCUGCAUUGCAACUUCCUGCCUUGGACAUGACCUAGAAUCUCAGGGGACAGACUUGAAGCCAAACGAACCAGAGGGCUGAAAGUACAAAUAUAUAAAUACACUGCCUGCGCUGCCUUGGGAUUCUUACUCUGUCCAUUAGAACCUCUUCCUCUGUUUGAAGGUUGGUUAGGAAUGGGAGCAGUAUGAGCCACUAGAGAGCCCCUAAUGGUCCUGGCUAUGGAAAAUUUUAGAGUAGUAAGUAUUUUCACAGAAAGUGAAAACAUCUUAUUCUAAGUCUAAAGUAUACCCCGAUCUGUCUCUAACCGAGCACAGCAGAGAUAGUCUUGAACUUACCACUGAUCCACUUGUAAAUUUAAAUGUAAAUUUAAUCAAAGGCUCUAGCUUACAGGCUAGUAAUAGUCCCCACAUGAUGGCAGAGGUCUGAACAGUGUAGUGGCAGUAGUAAGUAAAGUGGGACCUUCUUUUCUAAAUGAGACAUUGUUGCCCUGACCUUGGCAUAUUCCUAGGUUGCAGGUUUGGUCCCUGGACAGGGCACGUAUGAGAGGCAGCUGAUCCAUGUUUCUCUGGGGGUUUGCCAGCUGGGGACAUGUGAAGAGGCAACUGAUUGUUGUUUCUCUCCCUCUUUUUCUCCCUCCAUUCCUCUCUCUAA